CUUCUGACGAGCUAUUUCGUGGAGGACCCUCAGCAGAUGUGCGAACUUUCCGAUAACUUCCUGGCUGCAAUCCAAAAGCGUAACUCUCGCGGUGACAAAAAGACUCGUCAGGCAUUUCUACUUAACGAGUUGGGCCUGCUGCUCGACUUAAUCUUUGCCAGAUACCGACUAAUUGAGGUCAUGUGGGAAUCUGAUCUUCUAUCCAAAAUCUAUUUGCAGGUCUGUUUGGAGAUGGGUUUUGAUGAGUUUCAUCUCUUCACUCGGCCGAUCCAAUUUGAAGCUGCCAAGUUUAAAGCAGGCGCAGAAGAGGCGCGUCCGCCGGCUUACAUUACGGCGGUUCAGGAUGACGACUCGAUGGUUGACAAGUGGGUUGAUGCUGGAAACAAUUCUAUGCGCAUGAAUAGAAGGUUACGAGCUCAUCAAUAA